GCGUGCGCGCGCCUGUAAGUAAGUAAUAGUUAGGAGCAUUAGGGAAGUAUGAAAGAAAGAUGUGUAUUUAAGCAGUGUGUUGGAAGCUGGGGGAUCAGAGAGAUGACUGAAUGCUCUGUUAGCGUUUUACAUGUCGUGUAAGAGGGUGUGAGGGAGGUCGGAUACAGUAGAUGGCGGUAGUGUAACUUUAAGGAUGCGAGUCGCCGUAAAACACUAAAGAAGAAGAAGGUGAACACCACCGAAGAAGAAAAAGACCAGGCGGAAAUCUGAGAUCUGUUGUCUUUGUUCUGUUCUUAGAGCAGAGAGCUGCUGGAUUCAAGGAACCGAGACGAAAAUGGAUCAGUACAAACUGGAAAUAAAAGAAGAGGACGCGGAGGUCUAUCAAGAACGGAAGCAGAGCGAUACGGAGCAGCAGGACCCGAGUUUAACUGAGCAAAACCGGUCCACUAGUGGAAUAAAAGAGGAGCAGCAGGACCCGAGUUUAACCGAGCAGGACCGGUCCACUAGUGCAAUAAAGAAGGAGGAACAGGACCCGAGUUUAAAUGAGCAGGACCGGUCCAUUAGCGAAGCUGAGGAGGAGCAGCAGGACCGUGACCACGCUGGUCCCACAGAUCAACAGGAACACAGAGGACGAAGACCUUUAAGGCUGUAUCUUCAUCAGCAACGUAGCCAGGCGUUUACCAGACCACCAGAGCCUUAUUCAUGUGAACAGUGUGGAAAAGCAUUCUCUCGGCAGGGUAAUUUACGGGCACACCAACGUGUUCACACUGGAGAGAAACCCUAUUCAUGUGAGCAGUGUGGAAAAGCAUUCUCUCAACCAAGGUCUUUAAGGGUACACAGACGCAUUCACACUGGAGAGAAACCUUAUUCAUGUGAACAGUGUGGAAAUGUAUUCUCUCAACAAAGGACUUUACAGGUACACAGACGCAUUCACACUGGAGAGAAACCCUUUUCAUGUGAACAGUGUGGAAAAGCAUUCUCUCGACACAGUCAUUUACGGACACACCAACGUGUUCACACUGGAGAAAAACCUCAUUCAUGUGAACAGUGUGGAAAAGCAUUUUCUCAUCACAGUGUUUUACUAACACACAUACGCAUUCACACUGGAGAGAAACCUUAUUCAUGUAUACAGUGUGGAAAAGCAUUCUCUCAACGCAGUAGUUUACGGGCACACAAACGUUAUCACACUGGAGAGAAACCUUAUUCAUGUGCACAGUGUGGAAAAGCUUUCUUUCGACACCAUCAUUUACAUACACACCAACGUGUUCACACUGGAGAGAAACCUUAAUUAUGUGAAUAGUGUGGAAAUGCAUUCUCUCGACACCGUAGUUUACAGGCAUACCAAUGCGAUCACACAGGAGACGAACUUUAUUCAUGUGAAUAGUGAGGGAAAGUGUUCUCUCAGUAAUCAGUAAUCAUCUCAUCAGUAAUUUGCUCAAACAUGUGUUCCCACUGGAGACAAAACUGCAAAGCGCAGAGAAGCGUUUUUCCACCUCAAUGACAAACCAAGUGUUCAAGGCUGGCCAAAGAUCCUAUUUAUUCGAAAAACAUUUUUGGCCUAAAAACACCUACACAUGAUUGAAAGGACUCCCAGCCACUAAUAAUGGCCGAUUGCAUUUUAUGGCCUUGGUAAAAAAAAAAAAACGAGACCAAAUGGUGGACCAAUCAAUUCAUAUCAAUUCAGACAAGCUCUUUCAGGGGCUAGAACGUCACAGUAUGCUUGAGUAAAGUCCCAAAACGUAAGAAUGACAGAAUAGGGUCGGUUCACCUGUAAAAUAGUUUUCAUGAGCAGUCACUUCUUUUAAUUAUUUUCCUGCAUUAAACAGGACACACACCUGUCUCCAGCCGGAGGCCUGUAACAAUUGCAGCACAUUUCAACAGGACAAAAGCUCGAUCCACCGCUCCCUGCCUGUAUCUGCUCGAAGGCCAAAACAUGGUCCCAAAACAUGCAUUAGGUUGAUGGUUGUUUGUCUAUGUGUUGCGAUAGACUGCCGACCUGUCCAGGAUGUACCCCGUUUAAUCCCCGUACGGGAUUAAGCGAUAGAAGAUGGAUGGAAUAUGUUAGUUUGCUUGUUUAAAGCGAUGUGGGUAUAGAUUUCUACAAAAUAACGUGAGCCCAGCAUUUUAGCACUCUUGUUCUCGAAGCAGUCCAAGAUGAAAUUAAGUCCACAUACAUACAAGCGCUGAGGUGUGUGGCUGUGGCAGUGUUGCCUUCGUUGGUCCUUUUUAAAAUAAAAGUAAUCCACAACAUUUUCCAUUUACCAUUGUAACAAGUGCAACAAAACUGAGAAGAGGGUGCUGCGUCUGUGUGCGCUGCCACUCCUGAAGUAAGUCAAGCAAGUAGCAAUACAAUCGGAACAAUACUGGACAAAUGCAAAAAACAUAUGAUACAAACAAUAUAAGAGUAGGCACAGUAAAAGUGAAAACUCACUGGUAUUUUUUAAUGAACUUUUCAGGCUUGGGGGGUAGAUAAAGGUCAGAGAGCAGACGGUGAGACUGGUCUUGGAGGGGAGGUGGUGUAUCUGCUUAGGUAUAAUGAAUGUCUAUAGUUGUAUGACCGAGGCUGACCAAGAUGUUUACAGAUCAGUUUGUCCUUGAAGGGAGCCACAAUAAGGGGAAGACAGUAGGAGCACAGCAGGUGAGCUAGAUUCAACCCGGGAAGGGGAGAGGGACAGAGUUAAUCCAGUCAAUGUAAAGCAUUUGGAUCUAUGACUUCUUUGUCAUAAAGCUCUGUCUGCUAAUGAUCUUGAUCAGGUGUGUCAGUAUGCUUUUCCAGCUUGUCAUUGACUGAACACACCUGGUUAAGGUAAUCAGCAGGAGUUGGGGCAGAGAGAGUUGAAAAAACAGCAGGGACAGCGGCCCUCGAUGGAACCGGUUUGAGAGAGGAUGGAGAGAAACAUGCAGUAAAUGGGAGGGGGGUGUAAAGAAUGUGGAAAAGUGAAAUUAUGGGCUAUUUAUAUGGUGUCCAUAAGUAAAAGGUGUUUGUCAAUUCGGCAAAAUUAAUCUAUCUUUGUCAAUUAAGCAAAAUUAAGCUAUCUGACUCCCAAAACAAGGCAGAGGAGCUGUGUCUCUCUUUGUCUGUAGCCGUUUAUGGCCCCUUUACUCUGAGACGCCAGUGGUACCAGGUGGAAAAAUGGAAACAUCUCCACAGGGAUAAAGUGGUACCUGCAAUUUGAUUGGACUAAAGAGACAUUCCACUCUGCCAGAUAAAGGGACAAAAAGGUGAAACAACUUGAUGAUUAUGUGAUCUUUACCUCCAUGGUGUAUGUUCUGAUCUCCCCAGAUGGUUUUUGAUUUGCCUUCACCAUUAUAUUUUACUUUACUUUGUUAUUACAAUAAAUUGCACAAAAAAACAACUCUCUCAUCAACUUAUUUAUUGAAAAAUUUCCACCACAGUCGUCAGCACUAGUAGCAACUGCUUUUAGUAUGUUUGUGUGUUAGGAAGCAGCUUCUGUGCACCCGUGGCUCAGCUUCACAGUCCUGUGAUCAAAACUACUGCUAAUAUUACAUGAAAACAAAAGGUUGACUGUUCCUGUCACUUUACGUCCAAGGUUUUAUUCAUAAAAAUUUUGUAUAGGUACAGCAAAAUAAAUAAAACACUUCACAUUAUUAACUCCAAUAAUACAUCAGCAAUAUUUCUUCCACAGUUACUUUGAAGUGGGUAUUUCUGCAGAGGUUUGUUUCGCUUUUGCACCUGAAUUAUUCUUUUAUUCAGGAAAAUUAAAACUCAUCAGCUACAUAGUCACUACCAAUUAUUAUUAGGCCAGUUGCUCAAAACAGAGGCCAAAACAAGAUGUCCUGAACAAAAGAACGUCUUACUACAAUUUAACAGUUAUAUUAUAUUUAUGACUAUAGGUCAUAAAGAUAAGGAAUUUACAUUAUUAGUGGACGGUGAUCGAGAUGAUUUUAGAUACACACAUAAUUAAGAGUUUGAAAUCAUAUGUAAAGUAAAGGUACAUAAUAAAAGAUGGGGCAUUUGAAUGAGAGCAUGUCUCCAGUCGACGUGUUGGUGGAAGAAAUUCAGAAAUACCACACAAGUGGAGAUGGACGUGAGAAUCAUCCACGUCACCCUGCCCAUCAGAGGGGACAUUUGAUCUGAGCUAGUGUGCUGAGAUGGAGAUUUUACUAAAAAAAACUAUAGGAUAAAAGAUACUUAUUUGCAGCGAGCAUACAAAUAAAAAAUUUUAAAAGUCACAUAUUGUGAUUUCAUUGUGAUAUUUCUUUUUCUGGAUUAUGUCUCUCACUCUCUGUUCAAAUACUUAUUUUCCUCACUGUAUAUACUUAUGUUCUCAGUUAAAGAUCUAUAGACAUGGUAAUUAUGUAAUGAUUUCAGGUACCUCAACACUACAAUAUGUUUGAUUGGUAUUACCCAGAUUGAGCCAUUCCUAUAGCUCCAGUCAUUCCUACCUCUUAAGCUGUGAAGAAGCUCUGUUUUCUUGGACCCAGCUGAUGUUCUUACAUGAUCCAGGCCUGCUUCACUAAGUCGUAACAAACUCGGGCCAGAACAUUCCACAGUUAGACGACGAAUGUGAUUCCAGGAGCCGUGGCAACUGGACUGGAGGAAGCUUCCUACUGCUUCGGACAGACAAGAUCAAUACCUCCUUUUGAUUUCAUUGAGAGUGCUGAUGUUUCCUCAAAGUGCUGAAACACACACAGAGUCGUUCACACCAUUUUAUCAGUUCAUAUAUUGCUGGUUGUUUCAUGUUUGCUGCUUUUUAUUUUAAUACUUGUUUUUGGCCUGCAUAUAUUUAUAUCCAUAUAUCCCGUAGUAUUAGUGUAAUAAAACAUUCAGAAGA